AUGGCAAUAGACAACGAGCCUUUUUCGGAUCUAGGCUUAUAUCGCCGCUUAGCUGGCUCUCUCCAGUAUCUAUCCAUCACUCGACCGGACAUUGCGUACGCCACCAAUCGCAUCUGUCAACAUAUGCACACACCAACUAUAAGUCACUUUCAAGGCCUCAAGGGCGUACUCAGAUAUAUCAAAGGCUCAUUGAAUUACGGUCUACCGAUAUCCCUCGGCAAACUUCAUCUCCGGACAUAUGCGGAUGCCGAUUGGGCAUCAGACCACCUAGACCGCAAAUCAACUUCAGGAUUCUGCACCUUUCUUGGAAACAAUUUAAUCUUGUGGUCCGUCAAGAAACAGGCCGGCAACCGUGGCCAAGUCCUCAGCUGA